AUGGCAACCAAGCAACCAUUCACUGCCUAUUGCGGCCAACAAGCUUUCACAUCUCUGCAGAACCUAUGGGGCUCCAGAAAUCCUUCCGUGGAACUAGCUCCGCUCCCAGCUACCUCCGCCGAACGCCUCAACUCGACAAAUGCUGAGAAGACCAUUCUAUACCUCGCCUACGGCAGCAAUCUCUCCGCAGAAACGUUCAGCGGCAACCGAGGCGUCAAGCCCAUCUCCGCCUGCAAUGUCCACGUCCCCUCCCUGACCCUCACAUUCGACCUCCCAGGAAUACCCUACACCGAACCCUGCUUCGCCAACACCCGCUACGCUUCACCUCCUCCCAUCUCCACGAGCGACUACCACAAAGACCGGUGGCAUAAAGGUCUGAUUGGCGUCGUCUACGAGGUCACCCCCGAAGACUAUAGAACCAUCGUGGCUACAGAGGGUGGAGGGGCCACCUACCAGGAUGUGAUUGUCCCUUGCUACGCCAUCCCACCUGGGUCUAAAUCCGUACACCAUGUACCGGCGGGAGCUCCAUUUUCCGCGCACACUCUUAUGAGACCUGUACCAUCAGAUGAAGAAAAAGGAGAUAUCAGGACAAAUGAUGGCGUAGUCCGUCCAGACCCCUCCUACGCUCAAGCUUCCGCCCGCUAUUUACGCCUCAUAACAUCUGGCGCGGAAGAGCAUGAGCUGCCGGAGGAGUACAUGGCCUAUCUAUAUAGCCUCCGUCCUUACACCAUCACUUCUGCAAGACAAAGAGCGGGCCAUGCAUUGAUUGCUGCUGUGUGGAUGCCGAUACUGCUAUUUUUGCUCGGGCUUGGCAAAGUGUUCGCGAAUGAUCAAGGGGAAGUACCGAGCUGGUUGGCUAUUAUACUGGGCUUGGUCAUGACGGGUAUGUGGCAGAGCUACGAUAGAGUGUUGAAGAAGAACUUUGGAGAUGGGGAGAGGACUACUGGGGAGGAGAAGAGAGAGGAGGGGGAAUCCGAGUGGUGCGAGAAGAGUGUCAGGCUUGCAUGA